AUGAGUUUUGAAGUUCCACAGACUCGACAAUCGUCCAUUGUAGUGGCGGUGAGGGUCCGGCCGUUCACGGCGCAAGAGCAGGCACACUUGAUUAACGAACAAAGUGGUGCCUUCGGAAAUUUACAGCUGGGAGAUGCAAACUUAACGCUGCCUGGAGUGGAACAGAGUUCCACGCCUACGAAAUCAUCACCUUCAGCAUCACCGGGGCACAGUAGGUUUCGGCCGCAAGGGCUCCGACAAACAGUAGACUGUGUCGAUGACAAAAUGCUGAUAUUUGAUCCCUCCGAGAGUAACCCGCUGCGAAGAAUCAGCGAAACUGUUUUGAACUCAUUGGCAGCUUCGUCCUCGCAAGGAUUCCGCUCUGCAAAUAGCCGGCGCAGCGGCGAACAAAAGUUCGUAUUUGACCGGGUAUUCAAUAUGGACUCCUCCCAAAUGGAAGUGUACGAAGCUACAGCUCGCCCGUUGCUUGAUUCGGUGUUGGAUGGCUUUAACAGCACUGUAUUUGCAUAUGGUGCCACUGGUUGUGGCAAAACCUACACAGUGAGCGGACCACCUGAGAACCCGGGUAUCAUUUUUCUCACGAUGCAGGAGCUGUUUGCGAAGAUGGAAGAAAUGAACGACAAAAAAAGGUUCGAACUGACGGCUUCGUAUCUGGAAAUCUACAAUGAAACCAUCCGUGACUUGUUGCAGCCGGAAACUUCCAGUAAGAAACUUGUUUUAUUUGAAGACGCCGAACGCCAUAUCACCGUUGCGAACUUAUCCCAUCAUCCUUUAAAAACCGUCCAAGACGUGAUGGAUUUGGUUAUACGAGGAAAUAAUAACAGAACAACCUCAGCUACUGAUGCCAACGAAACGUCAUCGCGGUCUCAUGCAGUACUCCAGGUUCACAUAGCACAGAGGAACAGGACUGCAGAACUCAAAGAAGACCAAAAGUUCGCCACUUUAUCACUCAUUGAUUUGGCUGGCAGUGAAAGAGCUUCAGCCACUAAAAAUAGAGGGGAACGACUGCACGAAGGUGCCAAUAUCAAUAGGUCUCUACUAGCAUUGGGAAAUUGCAUAAACGCUUUGUGCGUAAACGGGAAAAGGGGGGCCAGUUGCCACGUCCCAUACAGAGAUUCAAAGCUCACAAGACUUUUGAAAUUCUCCCUUGGCGGUAAUUGCAAGACGGUAAUGAUAGUUUGCGUUUCCCCCGGGAGCAACCACUAUGAUGAGACGCUGAACACCUUAAAAUAUGCUACUCGUGCGAAGGACAUAAAGACUAAGCUGAUAAGAAACAGACAUUCCCUUGAUCGCCAUGUCGGUUCCUACUUAAAGAUGAUUACCGAACAAAGGCAAGAGAUUGAAGAGCUUAGAAGCAGGGAGCGGAAAGUGAUUGACCUGGAAGUUGGAAAAUACCGGAUAUCUCGUGAAAGAAUUCACAUGGCGAUUUGGGAUAGUGUGCAGGGAUUGCGCAACAAUUAUAGAAAAUCCGAGAAAUUUCAGCAUUUGAAGAUUAUCAAAUCUUUGAUCUUAUGCAAACGUCGGUUCUUACAAAUGAUUAGAGUUGAGCUCGAGGUACUUUUGAAGUUCUCUUCCAUUUCAACGGAGCUCCAUGGUGAUUGCUCGGCUGUUUAUGAUCAGCUCGGGGAUAAAAUUCGCGAUUUGGAAGAUAGCUUCGAUGCUUCAGAUGAAUUAGAUUCGUCGUUGGAACAUACCCGAGAGGUUGACCUUACCAAGCUACAAGAAAUGGAAAACUGGGACGAGGGAACGGAUCUUGUUUGGUAUGAGUCGCUCUUGAGUUGGAUCUCAGAGGCAGUGCGCACUGAAAUACUCGUAUGUGCUUCUACCCUCAUGGAAAAAUUGAUGCAAGACGAGACCUUGAUCGGCAGCGUUAAAUUUAUCUCAGAGACUUUACUUGGUAGUAGUCAAGUGAUUAGCGCUGAAGAAAAAGCUGAACAGCCACUAGCCUUAGAUCUUCUGCAUCAGCAAAUAAGGCGGCUUGUUCAUGUCGAUGACGAAUUUGAUGCAUUUGCAGAGAGAAUGCGGGAUAGCAUUAACUCGAGAGCAACAACGGACCUUGGCCCCGCUUCCGCCCACGAUUGGUGUUUACAAAGGACUACGGCUUCGACUUUGCCACAGCGGAGCCAUAACUCUGCUAAGGUUGGAAAGGCGAAUAGCGGAUCUCCGUCCCCUGUUCAGCGAUCAAGACCUCCCCAUAAUUUAAAACCUGCUAAAAAGGUAAGGUGGUCCGAGCUAGUUCCCGAAAGUGAUUCAGUAUCCAUGAUGCUCGACGACGAAAACCCGAGUACCACUGCCUGGGCGUGCGAUGAAGACAUCAGCAUGCAAGAUUUGCCAGAGAACUGCACUGUCCAGUCAAUCACCAAAGCAGCUCGUCCAACGGGGAGGGAUGGCCGCAAGAUGUCGCUUACCGCAACAGCACUUGUUAGAGAUAAAUGA